AUGAACAUGAUCAGAACUAAUAAUCAUUCAUCAGUUUCUAAGGUAGCCGAAAUUGAAGAGCUUCUUAUCGAAAUCCUCUUACGAGUACCACCAAAGCCUUUGACCAAAUUCAAGUGCGUAUCGAAACAAUGGCUUUCUUUAAUCUCUGAUUCGAAAUUCUGUCACUCUUACGCUCGUAUUAGCCCUAAAUUUUCCCUUCUAGUCGAUGAUGAUAUGUUUUGUUCUAAAUUUCAAGUCAUUCCUCUAAAUCCGCCAACAAGAAUUGUUAACAACAUCGUUGUUCGAGAUUUUUUAAAGAUUUAUGGUCAUGCUAAAAUAGUACAGUCUUGUAAUGGGUUACUUCUUUGUCAAUCUUCCUUUUUAUCGAAUCCUCAUACCGAUGAUUUUACAUUCGAUGGUCAUCUUCGAUGCGUUGCAUAUAUUGUUUGUAAUCCAACUACGGGACAGUUGAGGAGAAUCGUUUGCCCUAGUUCGCUAUCACCGCCGUCGUCACCAAACCCUAAUUUGAAAUAUAGUGAUGCUUUGUUUAGUGUAUGCUUAGGGUUUAACCCUCGAAUAUCAAAUCAUUACAAGGUUAUCUUUAUUUUCGAUUGGGAUUGGGAUCUUUGCGUAAAGAAACACCCAACACAUAAACCUUUUGAGAUUUUUAUAUAUUCAUCAGAAACUCAAUCUUGGAGUUGGCAUAGAAUAGAGGCAGUUGACUAUGGAACAAAGUUGAUGAGGAACAACAAUAAUCCCUUUUGUUUCAAUGAUGCAAUUCAUUGGGUCCGAUACCGAUCUCUUGAUCACACAGGGAUUGUGCUUCGUUUUGAUUCGGAUACGAUUGUUUUCAAAACAAUAAAUGUACCCUAUUUUAAUUUCUUGGGAUUUGGAGAAUAUCGCGAAAACUUGCAGAUGAUAACUCGCGAGGGUGACUAUUCAAGUCUGAAAUUUAAUAUUUGGGAAGUAGCGUCAGACUAUUCUAAAGUCUCUAUACGGUACAGUAUCGAUCUUGAAUCUGUUAAAAGAGUUCAUCCAGACUGGAACUUUUCGCCAUCGAGCAUAUUUAGCAUAAUAUGCGGGGAAGAUAUAAAAGACACGACGUUUGUGAUAUCCGUAGAAAAUAUGGCGGUAAGUUAUAAUCACUCCGAUGGAACGUUCGAAAUGAUUUGUGAUGUAGAGCAAAGACCUCAGGAUUUGAAUUUUAAUUCUUUGGUUCCAUGUGUUAGUUCUUACCCUUAUCAUGAUUAUGCUUAUCGUGACCCAGUAGCAUCUUACUACAGGGCAUUUCAGUUUUUUGAGAGCUAUUAUUGUGUUUGA